GGAAAUUCUAAACAAAAGAAAAGACAAUAUGGUAUGAUUACACUCAUGAGAAUGAAUUGGAAUAUAAAUCGGACUCACAGCGGUUUACCUUGUUCUAGUACCCGUUGAGUGAAUAUAUGAUUUAUUGUUUAUAUCGAGCCCUUGAAAUCAAGGGUUCAUUAAACGGUUCUAGAAUAACUGUAAUGUAUAUUCUGUUAGCUGGCGGCGACAAUGGAGGAAACUUCUUAUAAUGAACCAACAGCUAAGCUGGUUGAAACAACCGCUUCCAGAGGGAGAGUAAUAUAUGCCACCAUAGGGUUAGGGAUUGUAUUUAUUAUGUUAAUGGUUGCGUUGACAAUCCUAUGUGCGAGUAGAGAAGAGGGUGGCUUUGCAGAGAGUACUCCGAAAUAUGUAGGAUGGAUCGCAAUUGGCAUUUUGUUCUUAAUAGGGAUUCCAGUAUUACUUUUCCUUAUACUAGGCGCACAGAAUAAUGUCCAUAUACGCCGUUCCUGGGAUUCAAUAAAGGGUAUUUUUAUGCCUUCGCAAUUUGCCUACUUAGAGGAGAGAGAAAAUGACAUAAAUGACAUAUUAAUGAUUAUUGGAUGCGUACUUUUAGCAUUUGGUAUUUUGACUAUCGUAGGUGUUAUCAUAAACAGUUUCAUCUGUGGUGAGACAUCAACAACGAACUACGUUACUAUUGGUAUCGUUAUAGUCGGAUUGAUUCUAAUAGGAUUUAUUAUGUAUACAACCAAUCCUACGCUUGUUAAAGGUUUCAUAAGUGGCUUAUUCCACAAAAACGCUAAGAAGGCUCUCAAAGACGAACCGGGUAGUGCUUCUACCGCGAUUUCAGUUACAUAACGAUACUGGUAACUGCAAAAUGAAGCAUUUUAUAGUACACACAUAUUGCUAUAGUUUUCAGAAGCGUGGUUGAGAUUCGGCACGAAACCAAGGUAAAAAGGAGAUUGACUUGUUCACUGGAAAAGUCAGG